AACUAAACUGCACAGGUCUCAUCCUGGACGGGCUGCAGCCAAAGCGCAGCGACGCACUGGACAUUCACCCAUGCGGGCUUGGUCAGCCGUGAAAGUGUGAGGUGUUGUUUUGCUUUUUUUUGUGUUCGUUUUCCCUUCUUUAUUUGUGGAGGACAUGCAGAGUUCACUCAGAUAACUUCCUUCAAACCGGGAGAUCCAUCCAUCAGUUCCCCUCAAAGCCCCGUGGGGGAUCAGUGCCGAGCGGAGCGCAGCGGCUCUGCUCGCCGAGCGGAUGCAGGACCAUGGAGGAGAGAGACAGGUCGCCAGCAGUUUGCCCCACAGCGUCAAGGCGAGCCUGUCUCUUUCUCCAUCGGGGCUGGGACGGGCAGGCAGUGGCAGCGGGGGCUCCCCUACAUCCAAGAUGGACUACUGCGGAGGGGUGCCAGUGGAGGACAUGCAGGCCCUGGCCAUCACAUCUCUGUCAGCAACAGAUGUAGCCAAACAGUACGAGCACAUCCGUGAGCUGGGGAAGGGCACGUACGGCAAGGUGGACCUGGUGGCGCACCAAACACAGGGCACCAAAAUGGCGCUAAAGUUUGUUACCAAGAACAAGACGAAGCUGAAGAGUUUCCUGCGGGAGUACAGUCUAACAGGCUCACUUAGCUGCAGCCCUUUCAUCAUCAAAGUCCUGGACGUGCUUUUCGAGACGGAGGACAGCUACGUGUUCGGACAAGAAUAUGCCCCCGCUGGGGACCUCUUCGAUAUCAUCCCCCCACAGGUGGGUCUGCCAGAGGAAAUGGUCAAACGCUGUAUGCAACAACUGGGCUUGGCUCUGGACUUUAUGCACAGUAAAAACCUGGUGCAUCGGGACGUCAAGCCUGAGAAUGUUCUUUUGUUUGACCGAGAGUGCCGCCGCAUCAAGCUGGCAGACUUUGGCAUGACACGGCGGGUGGGCAGCCGUGUGAAACGGGUGAGCGGCACCAUCCCUUACACAGCACCGGAGGUGUGCCGUGCCAGUCGAGCUGAGGGUUUCCUCGUGACCACCAGUCUGGAUGUGUGGGCGUUCGGCGUGCUGGUGUUUUGUAUGCUGACAGGCAAUUUCCCCUGGGAAGCAGCGCUGCCGUCCGAUGCCUUUUACGAGGAGUUUCGGCGCUGGCAGAAAGCAGGGUGUCCCGUGGGAACUUACCCGUCUCAGUGGCGCCGCUUCACUGAUGAUGCCUUGCGCAUGUUUCAGAGGCUGCUAGCUGCUGAGCCGGAAAAACGCUGCGGAGUCAAGGACGUCUUCUGCUUUGUCAAGUAUGAGCUGGUAAGCGAGCUCAGGCGCAGAGCUUCUUGCCGAGCCAAGAGAAGCGAGAGGUCAAGCACGGGAGUGUGCACCGGCAGUUGCACUUCCUCCUCAUCCUCCUCUUCAUCACGUUCCUCCCACCGACACCCCGAGCCCUCCACCCCUCCCGGAACAUCCUGCCUGCGCCCAGCCCCGCUCAAACGCAGCGUCCUCUCCGACCCGCUGUCUCCCAGAGAGGAGCCUGGACAGAACCAGUCACCAGGCCGAGACAAGAACAAAAGCCAGAUGGUGAUGGCGACUGCCAUCGAAAUCUGUGUGUGACCACACUCAUGUUAGCGCUGGGGACGAGAUGGCUCGUCACAUAAUGACAAACUGUGAAGAGGUGUUAAUGACUCCUCCAGAGACUCCAGUGAAAAAGGAAAUGUACUCUAACCAUGGAAGAUUAGCUCAGGAUCACAUCCACUGCUGUGAAUAUGGACAUCAUCAAUCAGCAGGACACACUCGGACAGCUUAUCACCGACACGGGCCGCUUAGGUUUUCAUUUGUGACCAAAGACUGCUUCCCACGCUGAAAAGCCAUGCAGGCAGCGUGUAACAGUCCGCUGAUGAUGCUCCUCUCUGAAGCGCAUUCUGCCGUCCACACAUUUGUGUUUUCUGCCCAUACACCGUGGUGGUGCUAUUGAUUCUAUAGUUAGAUAUUUGUCAUUUCUCACUCAUCAAUCCCCAUCUCUUUACUUUAGAGUUGACUUAUCUCCGACUAUCAGCUCCAGGGAGGCCAAAGUGACAUCUGAUCUGAUGAUGCUGUUCGGAUUGUUGAUCUGAGGGCAAUCUUCACAACCACAUGCGCCUGCAGUUCCUCAGACUUCCUGCCAAUGCAUAUAAUUUGUUAUAGACUUCUUUUUUUCUGACACAGAAAGUGUGCUAAAGGAAAAAAGUCAAAAAGAAAGUUAAAUGUAGCAGUUUGUAUGAGACGUCUUUUCAUUUAGGUGUCUAGACUGAGAGACAGACAUCACCUCAGGACUCUUCUGUGGGUCACUUCCUUUUUUUUUCAUUUAUAAUGAAAAUCCAUUGACUGGCUGUAAGACACAUCUGCCCCUUGUGAACUGCUCCAAAUGAGAUUCACGUCCAAUAGAAUACAGGGAUUGUACAUUAUCUGAGCGCAAAGGGUGACGGAGCAAAGAUUAUUGUUCUUUUCUAACUGCUGUGUGUGUUGGGACAAAGUGUGUGUGUGUUUCAAACGCUAAAGCACAAGAUUUUUGUAAAGGAUGAGAACUCUUAGAGAAAACUACGACUCUUUAUUGUAAAUAAUUGAAUAUUUCUAGGAGUGCACCGUAUCAUCAGGUAGUUCAACAAUGUAGCUGUUCUAAUUUUCUACGAUGGAGAAAAGGAUUUUAGGGGUUUUACAUUUACUGACGGGGCAGCGCACUGUAUGUAGCAGCAAAAUAUGACAGAAUGUACAGUUUAUCACAAGAAAUGAAAUAUAGAGAGAUCUAAAGCCUAUCAUGGUGUAUAACAUGGUAGCAGCUGCUAGAGUUAGUUUUUUUUCAUUUGACGUUUUCGUGACCCAGACAAAACUCAUUUCAUAACCUCAUGAUGGGCGACAUCCAUUUUCCGUACACAAUUAUCGUGCGUCUUUGUUGCCAGAGAGUUCAGCCAAUUCCGUCUUCAUUCGCUCAGUCAAAGCAGGUUGACACCGUGCAAAUUAAUUUCCCAGCACCACAAAAGGUGUUCCAAUAUUUGAUUAUCAAGACGCAACAUUAAACACACAAUUCCCGACUGCACAGAAUACGUUGUUGCAUCACCCCCCAUGCUCAGAUUUAAUUGAGUCUUCCUGCCUCUCUCUGGGAACCCCUCUAAACAUCUCACUGGAAUAGCAGAACCCAGGUGUUUUUGUCUGGAGGAAUGACCUCUGUGUCGGCCAUAGCGGCUCGGAUAACUGUUGAUUGAUCCGCAGCACGCCGCUCCAGCAUCAGUCUCCAACGAGAUACUGCCAAUUAUCACAGCUUCCAAAAAUCACAGUAUUUUCAGUGUGAAUGGUUCAAUGCAUGCCCAUUACCAGUAUUUUUCUUGCUCGAACUGUUUGUCAGGUGUGUUUACAUACGUGCGUGUGCGUGUUCGUGUGUGUGUGUGUGUGCUUUUUCCCUAAUUUCUCCACUCUUCCCAUGACAUCCCAUCAGCACUGUUACUAUAGUGACAGCGCCAAUGCUCCUCUGGUUCAGCUUCUGUCCUCUUCUUAAACAUACAUUCUAAUUGAGCCCAGUGGAGACAACUGGCCGCGAAUGCAUUGUAACAUGACACAUCAGAACAUGACGUAUCAGAAUAUGACGUAUCAACAUGACGCAUCAUAAACAAAGAUGCAUCAUAACAUGAUGUAUCAACAUGACGCAUCAUAAACAAUGACGCAUCCUAACAUGACGUAUAUGACGCAUCAUAAUGUGACCCAUCAACUUUGCCAAGUUUCACAGUAUCUUGACGUGAGCUGAGGCUUUGUUAUACAUCAUAUCAUCAUCAUUAGACUGCUAUCAUUGUUUCUCAUGGACCGUCAUAACAGCAAUUGUCAAAUUUAAUGAGGUGUCAAUUUAUAUAAAGUUUUGUUUACGCUCUAGAGAGUAGCCUUCCUUAUCCUGUUUAUCCUGAUCAAAGAUCAAACUGUUGUAGAAUCUCAUGUAAAUACUGUACGUAUUGUGUCUUUAACUAAAUGGAAAAAUAAGAAUUAAUGAAAUGAUAAUAUAUGUUGAAAUAAAUUU